CGCCAAACCGUUUUGUAGCCAAACAGAACCUCGUUAGCCACUGUUAUGCCGGCACCAUACCAUUGUUUUAGCGCGCAUAUUUGUCGUUUGACGCCAUUUUCACGAUCGAGGUUUAGGGUCGAGUGCAGAGAAUUAUAAGAAGCCCACGAGUUUAAAAGUUUUGUAAGGUUGCUGUUUAGUUAACAAUGGAAGCAUGGCAGGAUUGUUGCGAGUGUUGCGACAAGUGGACCAAGAAAUACAAAGCAUUUAAAGCGAAGCUCAUCCAAGGGAGCCGCCAGAUCGUGCGGGCCCAGCAGAUUGAGGAAGAGAAAAAAGAGCUGAAAAGGAAGCUCAAGGACAAGCACGAGUUGACUCAAUCCCUGCUCGAUGACUGUAAUGGAUACAAGGACAAGCUGUUGGCCAAGAUGGAAGAGCUGGAAUCACUCAAGCAGCUGUAUAGCAGCACCUCCACAACACUGCAACAGGAGCGAGACGAAGCCCGCAAGGCCCACCAGGAAGCGCAGACGGCACUGGAGUGUGUCGAGGCUUCUAUGAAGCAGUACCAGGCAUUUGUUAAAGAGCACCAGGAGGAGGAAACCCAAGCUGAGUCCAAGAAUAAAUCACUGGUAAACCAAGUGUCUGUUCUGCAGAGGAAGCUUCAGACAUGCAAGGAAAAAGCUAAAGAAGUGCGUUCGGAAAACAAGAAAGCCAUGGGUUGGCUUCGAAGCUUUGGUGAACUGCUAAAGCAUCCAGAGUCCUGGACGAGUGCCAAUCUGAAACAGCAAGAGGAGCGCCUCAUUGCCAUCUUGCAACCUGAAGAUGAAGACUUGAAGUUGGAUUCAUGCCAGUUGGAGGCAUUGCUUCAAACUUGCGCAUCCUCAACACAAGAAGUAACUCGAAGUGAGCUCAUAGAAAUGAUAAACGAAAUGAAAGUGCCCAGCCUAUUGCUCGCACUGCCUCCAUCACCAAAGCCAAUUUUGUUUUUUGAAACUGAUUCGAAGCCCUCAUUGUCACCAGACUCACUAUCACCUUCAUUAGAGAUGCCCCCUUUAGCACCAUCGCCCACACUAAGGCUGUCUGCAGAGCUAUCAGACCACCUUCCACUUGCGCCAUCAUCUGAGAAAAUGCAAUUAGAAUGCCCACCAAAACUAGUCCCUGCCACGCCGGUGUCUGAUGCUGGACCAGGACUUCUACCACAUGCACUGUCGUCGGAGCCUGAGCUGCCAACAGCUGCAUAUGACGUUGCCUCUCAGGUGAAAUUGUUAGAACCUGUUUCACUUCUGCCCAACUCGGAAGCAUUCAAAGAAGCAACCUUGUCAAAAACUUUGUCAGGUGUCAUCCCGCCUACAUUGAUGCCAUUGGAACCUAUGCCGGACCUUGUGAAACUGGCGCCAGCUGCUUCAUCAUCAGAAUUGCCUGUGCCAUCAAUGCAGCAGGCACUUUUCUCGUCAAAACCAGCAUCCCCUCCUGCUUCAUUAGGAGAGCCAGAAUCGGUGAUUGCCCUUUCGGAACCAGCACCAUGUGUUUCUCCAUCGAAACCACAACUAACUUCACCCAUUGUUCUGUCAGAACUGGGACCGCCUAUUUCUUCAUUGGAACAAGCACCAGUAUCAACAAUUGCCUUGUUAAAGCCAAUGCAACCUGCUUCGAUGAAAGCAAUGUCAAUGUUGGUGCCUGAACCACCCCCUUCUUCAUCAGACGAAGAGCCAGAAUUAGUAAUUGCCUUGACAGAAGAUCCACCUUUUUCUCUAUCAGAAGAGCCAACAUCAGUGAUUCCCCUUUCAGAAAUAACAUCUGUUCCCUCACCUGAACCAGAACCAACAUCAGCAGCGAUUACGUCAAAACAAGUGCAACCUAAUUCAAUGGAACAAGGGUUGGCAUCAGGGAUAGCACUGUCAGAACCAGCACCUCCUCCUCCUUCAUUAGAAGAGCCAGCAUCAGUUACAGCACUUCCUGUUCCCCCAUUGAAACCACAAUUUCCGCAAGAACCAGCACCACCUACUUUUUCAUUGCAAUAUGAGGCAGCAUCAGUAAUGCCACAACCAGGGCAACCUGCUUCAUUGAAGCCAGUGCCAACGUCGGUGAUUGAUCCAUCAGAAUCAGUGCCACUUGCUUCUUCAUUGAAAAAGGAGCCAGCGUCAGUAAACACCUUGUCAGAGUCAGCACCCCCUCCUUCAUUAGAAAAAACAGCACCAGCGAUUGCUUUUUCAGAAUGGGCAUCCCCUGUUGCCUUACCAAAAGCAGCACCGCUUGUUGAUUCAUUGAAACAAGAGCCAUCAACUACCGCCCUGUCAAAACCAGCACCAGCUGUUUUCUCACAAAAGCCAGAGCGAGCAUCAGUGAUUGUACUGUCAGAACAAGUAUUGCCCGUUUCACUGAAAGCAAAGCCAACAUCAGUGAUUGCCCUAUCAGAAACAUCACCAUCUUCUUCUUCAUUAGAAAAGCCAUUGUCAGUGAUUGCCCUGCCAGAAUCAGUAUCACCAGUUUCUUUGCAACAAGAACCAGCAUCAGUGAGUGCCCUGUCAGAACCACUUGUAGAAGCUGCAUAUAAACCUUUGUACAGAUCGGUGCCCACUGCAUCAGAGUCAUUGACACCUACCUCAUCACAAGAAUCACGCGUAACAUCAGUAAUUGACUUGUCCAAAUUGGCACCGCAGAAAUCCUCUGAUAGGCCAUUGAUGUCCGAAACCACAUUGUUGCUGCCUCAACCAUCAUCUUCAUUGGACACAAAGCCUCCAGUACUCCUCUCGAAACAACUAGCGAUGACUUCGUCAUUGGAGCUGGUUUCUCCACUUUCUCCAGAACUAGUGCUAACGCCGGCACGGUCAGAACCUGUGUCACUGAUACCACUGGAGCGGAAGCUGCCUACACCAGAAUCAGAGCCAGCAUGCAAAGGCCCAAGCUCGCUGGCCAGUGCUUGUAAGACAUGGCGUACUGCUAGCACAACUGGCAAGGAACUGAGUGAAGAAUGCAAGCCCCUGUCAGGUGGAACUCUACACGAGCAGUUGGCAUCACAGGAGCUUCUGCAAUCCAGCCAAGUGGCUGAACUGCCUCCAAGAAGGCAGUCGUUGGCCAGGAAGAAGAGGGUCGUGGACCAACAGUGCGGGAAAUCUGAGCUUAAACAUGAAAGGCAGGAGCAGGCGAAAGACAACAAGAAAGUGCAUCGGGGGCCAGCGAGCAAAAAGGCUCGGGUUACUAAGCAACUGAUGCGCGAGCUCUUCUCGUCUAGCUCCGAGGACGAGGAAGCCACAGAGGAAAACACGUACUCUGCAUAUGUUUUAAGUGCUGAGCAUGCAGCCUUAUGCGAAGCAGUGACUGGCAGACUGCACCCUUCAAAAGCAAUGGAAACAGUGAAAAAGUUGGGAUGGCUUGCAGCACAACCGGAAGUGCGACCAGGAGUGGUGGCCUCGUUUGUGCGCAACGUGGAACGUGAUUCUCUCAUACGUAAUGCUCUCCUCUACAUUGCCCGCACGAAGGCCAACCCACUGUUGGCAUUUUGUCGUGGGGAGCAGAGCCCGCCCUUGAUCACUAAACUGGAAGCUUUGCUGCUCGAUGGACUGUCACUGAAGACUAAUGGAUGGGCUGCUCUAUUGUCAUCCUUGCGGGCACGAUUCAAGAGCCAACACGAGUCAUGGAAGAUGCUCACAAAGGCGUCGUACGUGCGUCUCACGUGCGCCCUGUGCAGGGAGCUCAAACAGGAAAAUGUGGCACUGGCCACAGUCUGGAACGUGCUGUCUUCCUGCCAUGCUCCUUUUCUGGUGGCCUCAGCUGUUGGUGCCUGGCCUGGUCUGCUUUCUGCUUUACCACACGGACCAGUGCAGAAGGCUCUUGGCUACAUCCUGCUUCGCAGCACGGCACACACUUUAAAUGUUUCAUUGCAAGCACAGGCCUUCAAGACACUUCGUGAGCUGGGCCCUCUGCAGGAAUUUGAAGGAGAUGAGCGGGAACUUUUUGAUGAGCUACUGGUCCCACUUUUGUCUCCACAUCAAUCAUGCACAGCUGACUGUACUACCCAUCGCGCGGCUCUGGAGCUUCUAUCCAGAUGGUCACCAGUUGUCCUGCGGACUUGGCUUCUUGUAGAGCGACUGGGCCCCCAUGUGAAGUGGCUGCUAUGCCAACCCAACGCUGUUUGCUUCCUCAGGCUUUUAGGGUCAUUGUGGAAAAGUUAUGGCAGUGGGAUAAAGAAGCUGGAGACCAUGCUUUCUGAUAUAGCGAGCUCUCCCAGUCUUCAAGAACCCACCAUUAGAGAGGCAGCUGUCCAGGCAUUUUCGCUGCUGCCCGACCUUUAUGGGAGCCCCUGGAAACAGUUCGUGGAUGAAUGGCAGCGGUCACCUUAAAGUUUGCAAGUGAGGCAAACUAGUGUUUGUUGCAGUUUGUAGGUAAUGCCAACCAGGUGAUUGGCAGCCGUUGCUGUGUCUUGACAUGCAAGGAGGUAGAACAAAUAAAGUAUGAAAGUUUGUGUGCUUUGUUAAUAA